AUGAGAGGACACACCUGUUACUUGCAAGUGGUAGUUGAAAGCAGUGGCGUAGCUGGGGCUGAAAAAAGAAAUUUUCCGAUCAAUGACAACGAUAUUGUUGCAUCUGGUGUGUCUCCCGAUGAUGAAGAUGGAGACGUUGACGACGGAUCAGGGUCUCCGAGCGAUGAGCUUGAAGGUUCCGGAAGAGGAAUUGUCAAGGGCAAUAUUUCGCUCGUCACCUCACCGCCGGCACAUGCCACUUCAGCCAGUAUUUUGAACGAAGUUAAUAUUUACUGGCCUUAUUGGGUUAAACAGUGGAGGGCUGGUCAUGCUCCAAGCAAAAAGCCUUUUGAAAAGGGACCUUCUGGAAAGCCAGUUGAAGAAACAAAUAGAAAGGUGGACGAUGAUCAGCGCUAUCAUCUUCCAGAAGGAGGUCGUCCUGAUUCUAGGCUGAUAGAUGAUCAGCAUAAUAUAUUAAUUGAAGAUUCUUCAACGCUUCGUACGGCGCCGCCGUUUAAACCAUCACCUGCUGUAUAUGCCACAAGUUCAGCACCACCACCAGCUGUUGAAGAAGAACACCGAGUCUACUUGGGUACCUUGUUCAAACCAGGUAUUCUAGCAGUUGGGGAUGGUGCACAUCUGUUCGGUGCAUUUUGGUUUGCUAGAAGUGUCUGUUCAAAUUAUUUAUCCUGUAGACAAGUCGUGUUGCGGAAUGAAAUGGUACGCUGGGGAGGAAGCGGAGGACAUGCGAUGAGGGUUCAGGCCGCAUGA